AUGACUGAAUAUUAUAGUAUAGCAAAAGAUUUAUAUUCCUUCCUGGAAAAACUCGCUGAUGAUUAUAAAGAGGCCAUUCCAGAGGCCGAAGCUCUUUAUGGUGAAUGCGAAAUAUUCCGCGAAAUAAUUUCAGGUAUUGAAAUAAAAGAAAAAAGAAAAAGUAAGGCAAUUGAAAAGAUAAAGAAGGACAUUGAAGAAGCGAAUAAAAAAGCAAAAGAACUUAUCGAUAAUGCUGGAAACGAAAGAAAUCUCCUUGGUAAAACAGCUUUCAAUAUCAAACUAUUAGCUAAGGCGAAAGGGUAUAGAGCAUUAUUUGACAAAAAAAGAGAAGAAAUAAGGGAGAAUCUGAAAAUCCUUUCUCAAACACAACAUAUUCUACGACCUGAACCUCCAAGUAGAUUACCUGUUCUAGCCAAGCUGUUCUGGACAUCAUCUUUUGGAGAAAACACCAUGUCUGUAGGAUGGUUUGAUUUUACCACAAAAUAUUCACUAGAACUAAUUGUAAAUGUUGAAGAGCUUGAAAGAAUAAAACCUUACUUAUGUGUAAACGAGCAUGUGACCACUUACUCAUUUUACGCCGCAUGCACGCAAUUCGGAUACCCCAUUUUGUGUCCUACACAACCGGUAAUAGACACAAUGGCACUUGCAAACUCAAUUAUCGAUCUAACAAAAGAAUUCUAUUUGCCAACUUUUGGAACUAGAUGGUAUAUGUUGAGAGAUCUAAGAAAAAAGGACCAAGAUAGAGACCAGUUCUGCCAAGCCCUCAAGGACAUCUUUUAUCAAGACAAAGAUAGAUGGGAAUCGAUAAACAAAGCAAGAGGAAUUGUUUCAUCAUUAUUUCAGAGAUACAUGAUGAUCUGGAGAAUAGGCAAAGCUUCCCAAGAAAUGUUUGAUAACGUUGAUUUUCCUGGAAAAAGUCGCAUAAAAACCUUUAUUAGAAUUUGUGAGCCCAUUGAUGAAAUAAAUUACAAAUUUAAUCUUAAUCUUGAAAAUUCAAUUGAUAAAAAACCAUGGGCUAAAGGAAAACCACAAGUAUAUGAUUUUUUACGCACUUUAAUCGAUUUUCAUGAUGAAUAG